GCUUUAAGAUGAAGAUUUAGGAUAACGUUGAGAUGUCUCUUACAGUUCUUGAGAUGCAAGUGAACGCAAUACCACCGGUGAUCGAAAUUGUGGAGGAGGAGGACGAAGAUGUAGGAGACGAGGAAGGAGAAGAGGGAGGGGAGGCUGCUGGUGAAGAGGAGGAGGAGGAGGAAGAGGAGGAGGAGUACAAGAAGGAGGAGGAAGAGGAGGAGGAGGAGGAGGAGGAGGAGGAUGAACUAGACGAGGAUGAGGAGGAUUAUGAGGAGGAGUAUGAAGAGGAGUAUGAUGAGGAAUAUAAAGAAUAUUAUGAGGAGGAAGCUGAUGAAGGGGAGGAGGAAGAAGAAGGAGUGGAGGGGGAGGAAGAGGAAGAAGAGGAAGAGGAGGAAGCAGAGGAGGAGGAGGAGGAGGAAGAAGAAGACGAGGAGGAGGAGGGAGGAGAAGAAGAGAACUCAGACGGAGAGGGAGUUGAAACAGCUGCUGAUGAAGAGGAAGUUGAGGUGAUGGCAGAAGAAGAGGAGGGUGAAGAAGAGGAGGAGGAAGCAGCAGAGGGAGUUGAAGAGGAGGAAGAGGACGGAGAAGAAAAAAAAGACACAAACGAGGAGGAGGGAGGAGAAGAGGAGUCAAAUGAAGAGAGAGUUAAAACAGCUGCCGAUGAAGAGGAGGAUGAGUUGAAGGCAGAAGAGGAGAUGGGCGAUGAUGAAGAACAGUUGGAAGCAGCAGCUGAAGAUGAGGGUGAAGAGGAGAAGGAACCGGAAGCUGUUUCAGCUGAAAUUGAUGACAAAGAAGAAGAUGAUGAUGAUGGUGAUGAUGACGGUGAUGAAGAGGAAGAAGAAGAGAACCCAGAUGCUGCUGAUGAAGAUGAUGUCGUGGCCUCUGAACCUGCAGCCGCUGAUGCUGACGAUGAUGAAGUUUCUCCUGAACCCCCCUCCUCCUCCUCUGAGGAGGAGGAAGACUCGGCGGCGUCUCCCGAUUCUGACGUCUCUGACAGCCACGAUGAAGACGACGAAGAUGACGACGCAUUCACUGACACCUCGGAAGUCAGUGGAUCUGCGCUCCCGAGGGACGAAGAAGACGACGAAGACGACAAAUUAGCGGAGGGGGUCGUGACGUCAGACAGCGAGGACGAGCUGCAGCUUCAUCUUCCUCCCGUUCUCGCAGCCAGUGAGGAUGAUGAAGACAACGAAGAUCAAAAACCUGCUGAGGAGGAAGGUCUUCCUCCUUUACCUGUUGAGGAUGACGAUGACGACAUUGACGGUGAACACCUGGACGGAGACGUCAGAGUGGCCGAGGACGCUGCUGCUGCUGCUGCUGCUGCUGCUGCUGCUGAUGAUGAUGAUGAUGAUGAUAAUGAUGAUGAUGAUGAUCUGGACCAAUCAGAGGACGACAUCUCCGUCGCCUCCUCUGACCACUUUGCGGACGAUGAAGAUGAUGAGGAAGACGGUGACCUCGGAGACCUCGACGAUGACGACAAACCAGGUGAGGUCACUGAAGAAGACCACCGUGACGACGGUGAUGACGAAGAGGAGGAGGAAGAGGAAGAGGAGGAGGAACCCGUGACCGCCUUUGAGAGCACCGACAGCGGAGUCUUGGGCGAUGAAGAUGAUGACGAAGAAGAGGACAUCGCUCUUCAAACAGAUGAAGAGACCGUCUUCAGUGAAGACAUCUCCUACGACACAACCGACGAUGACGAUGAUGAAGAUAUCGACAACAGCUCAUUUGAGCUCCACGAACACGAAGAAGAAAAAGAAACACUUGUUGCCGCUGAAAAGGACGAUGAUGAUGAUGAAGAUAUCGACAACAGCUCAUUUGAGCUCCACGAACACGAAGAAGAAAAAGAAACACUUGUUGCCGCUGAAAAGGACGAUGAUGAUGAUGAUGACGACGAUGAAGUCAAAUUCGAGUCCUCAGAAGGCGAGGAUGACGAGCAGGACGACGAUGAUGAUGACGAAGACAACGACGAUGAUGAUGAUGUUGAUGAAGUCUUGCUUGCAGCUUCCACUGCAGCAGCGUCCACCGGCCAGCAGGAGGCGCUAAAGACCGAGGCGGACCAGGACGAUGAAGAGGAAGAAGACCCCAAACAGGCUGAAGAGCAGACUGAGGAGGCUGAAGCAGGAACAACUGCCGGCGCUCUCCAGGAGGACGAGGGCGAGGGGGGCGGAGACAAAGAGGACGGAGACAAGGAGCCGGGCGCCGGACUGAAGAGGACCGUGGACGAGCCCGAGGACGAGCAGGAGGAAGACUACGACGAAGGCGGCGAGGAGAAGGCCUCGGUGGACGUGAGCAGACCGGUGGAGGAGGCCGCAGUGUGUCCCUGUAUGAACUCCGCCAAGGCCAAAGAGCCCGCCGCCGAGACGGAGGACAGAAAAGAUGCUCCGAGGAGAGUUUCCGCUGUGAGGAGGAGAAAAGAGGCUGUGAAGGCCGAGGAGAAGCCCACACGUAAAGGUCUGCCCAGGGUUGCGGUCCUGGAGCCCCCGAGGACCAGGAGACUCCCGCCUCCUUUCAGAGCCAAGAGAGCGGAAAAGACUCCGACCAAGACUCCAAAAAAAAAGACGGAGACUAAAAAACAAGACGACGUCCCAGAAUCUGAACAAGAAGUCGGCCCCUGCAGACCUGCUCCGGUCUACUGCCCGGCCCCCCCCGGCUGGUACGUCCACCACGUCGUCACCGACAACCCGUACCCCCCCCCCACCAUGCCAGCUCCUUCCGCUCCGGUUGUGACCGCCCACCCCGCCGGAGCUCCGCCCCUUUACCCGCAGCCGCCGCUCUACGCGCACUACCAGCCCUACCAGCCGUACCCGCCGUACCCCCCCAUGCAGCCGCCGGCGUGGCCUCAGGCGGAGCCGGGGUCCCCCGUCCCUCCGGGGGAGGCCCCCGUGGAGCCGGGGGUCCAGCCUGCGGCCCACGCAGCAGAGAGCGUUGAGCAGGAAGUGAAGGAGGCUGCUUCCACCGCCGGAGAUGCGACUGCUUCAAUUGACAAAACCAAAGCUGCCGCUGCAAAGAAAGAGCCAACGUUAAGAAAAGAGAAAAAAAGUCCGACAGGGGUGAAGAAAGAGUCAGCCGUGAGAGACAAAACCAAACCUGCUGCUAAGAAAGACGCGGCUCUGAAAGAGAAAACCAAACCUGCUGCUAAGAAAGAGGCCGAAGCCGCUCGACAGCUGAAGAAAUCGGCCUCUGAGGAGAAAGAAGCGCCGCCCGCCAGGAGCAAAGUCAAGGCUUCUGUGGCCAAGAGAGGUACGACGUCCACUGGCCCAGAACCGCGUCCGCAGCCCACGGAACUGAGGUCCCGGCCGGAGGCGGCGAGGAGGGCGAAUGCCACGUCUCAGGCGAAGGAGCAGAAAGCCGCCGGGGCUCCGUCUGAACCAGACAAAACAAGAUCCAAAUUAUUGGCGGACAAGAAAAGCAGAGCCGAGAAGGCCGAGAGGAAAGGUGUCAGAGAGGCCGAAGAUGGAGACAAAGAACCAUCACAGGCCAAAGAAACGCAGGUCGAUGACAACGCGGCGGCAAAGAAGAAACCAAGCCAGCGGUACUUCCAGUGCAUCUACGUCCCCGGUAAAAGCGCACAGUACCCCUUGCGACCUUUGACCCCGGCCGUGUCCCCCGCCAUGAUGACGCCCGCCAUCAGGUCCAUGUUGGAGCAGCAGCAGAAGGCGGCGAGGACGUCGGGACAAUAGCCGGGUCUCCCCCACCGCCUCCACCCGCCCCUCACGUCCCCCCUCCCAC